CAGUUUGGCGGGGAGUUUGGUGGCCGGGGCUUACAGUGGCGGGAGUUGGAGGCUAUAACUAGUCCUCUUCUCAAGGACCCAAGUUGCGACUUCUGCUGAACCGGUGGCAUCUCGACGACUUUCCUCUCCGUUGUGCCUUCCCCCCCGGCCCAGAUGCUCUUCAAUUCGGUGCUCCGACAGCCCCAGUUUGGCGUCCCGAGACAUGGAUGGUCUUCACAAUACCCUCUACAGUCCCUUCUAACUGGUUAUCAGUGCAACUCUAAUGAUGAGCACACUUCUUAUGGAGAAACAGGAGUCCCAGUUCCUCCUUUUGGAUGCACUUUCUCUUCUGCUCCAAAUAUGAAGCAUAUACUAGCAGUUGCCAAUGAAGAAGGCUUCGUUAGAUUAUAUAACACAGAAUCACAAACGUAUAGAAAGAAGUGUGUUAAAGAAUGGAUGGCUCACUGGAAUGCUGUCUUUGACCUCGCCUGGGUCCCAGGUGAAUUUAAACUUGUUACAGCAGCAGGUGAUCAAUCGGCCAAAUUUUGGGAUGUAAAAGCUGGUGAGCUGCUUGGAACUUGCAAAGGUCAUCAGUGCAGCCUCAAGUCAGUUGCCUUUUCUAAGUUUGAGAAAGCUGUCUUCUGUACAGGUGGAAGAGAUGGCAACAUUAUGGUCUGGGACACCAGGUGUAACAAAAAAGAUGGAUUUUAUAGGCAAGUGAAUCAAAUCAGUGGUGCUCACAAUACCUUAGACAAGCAAACCCCUUCAAAACCUAAGAAGAAACAGAAUUCAAAAGGACUUGCUCCUUCUGUGGAUUCUCAGCAGAGUGUUACUGUGGUCCUCUUUCAAGAUGAGAAUACGUUAGUCUCAGCAGGAGCUGUGGAUGGGGUAAUUAAAAUAUGGGAUUUACGUAAGAAUUAUACUGCUUAUCGACAAGAACCUAUAGCAUCCAAGUAUUUCCCGUACCCAGGUAGCAGCACUCGAAAAUUAGGCUACUCCAGUCUGAUUUUGGAUUCCACUGGCUCUACUUUAUUUGCUAACUGCACAGAUGACAACAUCUACAUGUUUAAUAUGACUGGAUUAAAGACUUCUCCUGUGGCUGUCUUCAAUGGACAUCAGAACUCUACCUUUUAUAUUAAAUCCAGUCUUAGUCCAGAUGACCAGUUUUUAAUCAGUGGCUCAAGUGAUGAAGCUGCCUAUAUCUGGAAGGUGUCCACACCCUGGCAUCCUCCAACUCUGCUCCUGGGUCAUUCUCAAGAGGUCACAUCUGUGUGCUGGUGUCCAUCAGAUUUCACAAAGAUUGCUACCUGCUCUGAUGACAAUACACUGAAAAUCUGGCGCUUAAAUAGAGGCUUAGAGGAGAAAUCAGGAGACAAAUUGUCCACAGUGGGUUGGGCCUCUCAGAAGAAAAAAGAGGCUAGAGCUGACCCAGUAACAGUGACAAAUAGCCAGAGUACUCCUGCCAAAGCCCCCAGAGUAAAGAGCAGUCCAUCUAGUUCCUCCCCUUCCUCAGCAUCUUGUGCUCCAAGCUGUGCUGGAGACCUCCCUCUUCCUUCAAAUACUCCCACAUUUUCUAUUAAAACCUCUCCUGGCAAGGCCCGGUCUCCAAUUAGCAGAAGAGGCUCCAUCUCCUCCAUCUCUCCCAAGCCACCUUCAUCUUUCAAGAUGUCCAUUAGACAUUGGAUCACUCAAACACCUUCCUCAUCACCACCCAUCACUCCACCUGCUUCUGAGACGAAGAUCACAUCUCCAAGAAAAGCCCUCAUUCCUGUGAGCCUGAAAUCAUCCCAAGCAGUGGCUUGCUCUGAGUCUAGAAAUAGGGUAAAGAGGAGGCUAGACUCAAGUUGUCUGGAGAAUGUGAAGCAAAAGUGUGUGAAGAGUUGCAGCUGUGUGACUGAGCUUGAUGACCCAGUUGAAAAGCUUCAUUUGGAUCUGUGCUGCCUUACUGGUAACCAGGAAGACCUUGGUAAAGACUCUCUAGGUCCUACCAAAUCAAGCAAGAUUGAAGGAGCCAGUAUGAGUGUCUCAGAGCCUCCUUCUCCUGCCAGUCCUUAUGCUUCAGAAGGCUGUGGGACACUGCCUCUUCCUUUGGGAUCUUGUGGAGAAGGGUCUGAAUUGGUGGGCAAAGAGAAUAGCUCCCCAGAGAAUAAAAACUGGUUAUUGGCCAUGGCGGCCAAACGGAAGGCUGAAAAUUCGUCACCACGAAGUCCAUCAUCCCAGACUUCCAAUUCCAGGAGACAGAGUGGAAAGACUUCUCCAGGCCCGGUCACUAUUACUCCCAACUCCAUGAGGAAAAUUUGUACAUACUUCCAUAGAAAGUCCCAAGAUGACUACUGUAGUCCUGAACGGUCAACAGAAUUAUAGAUCCUAAUCUGAAAGCCAAGAGCCAAUGGAAAGUGAAGUCCCGUUGCUUCUUAGGCAGUCUUGGCACCGGAGUAUCAAGUGAGUUGGAGCAUUAAAGAAGGCUGUUUUGUCCUCACUAGAUGUUAACAGUGAGGUCAAGCCCUGUCCCUCCUGUGUACUCACAGGCACAGUAUGGAUCAAGAAGCAGCACAUAUAAAAAGACCUUUCUGAAGACUGAAAGGGAUUGUUCCUGACAAGUCAGCAGGAAAAGCAAACCGCUUAUGGGUAACUGAGUUCUAGUGGGGAAUGUGUCAGGCUAACAAAGGGCCAGCUCUCCCAGGGACAGGAAGUUUGGAAGGUGAACUGCAGGGAAACUCAUUUACUGGGGACAGAGGAACCACCCUUUUCCUUUUUCCCUCUGGCUGUGCUUCCAUAGAAGAGCCAGGCAGCUUGCUAAUCCCCAGCCCUGAAAGCAAGUGGGAGAAAUUUUUCGUCUCCCCUGUAUGGCUAAAUUCCAACCCCAGAUGAAUCAACCUAUCUGCUUCCUUAUUUCUUGCACCCAAACAACCACAUACUACUAAAGGAAGUCUCACCAUCAGGCAGUUUGCUUCCAGAACAAUUCAGGAUCACCAACCCCACAUGGGAUGGCUAAAAAUUUUACAUUUCUCUGGUCAGCUUGCACUCCUACCCAUCAAUAGCUGUUUCCAGCCUUCUCCACUUUCCUGCUCUCCUAAGGCCUCUGGGACUCCCACCUCGCUCUCCACACAUCUUUGAGUUCUUCCUUUAUGCUACCAAAUGUUUCAAACCUACUUACACCUUUACUUUUUCUUUAAAAAAAAAAUAAUUUUUCAAUUGCUGUUUACAGACAAUAUUAUUUUAUAUUAGUUUCAGAUAUACAGCAUAGUGGUUAGUUAGACAUACACAGGUGUCCCCCCAAAAGGUAUACACAGUUUGAAUAAUUAUAAAGACAGCUUAUUAAAAUACAUGUCAUUUUCAAAAUGUAGUAGAAUCAGCUGUUAAAUUGUAUAUACAUUUUUGGGACACCCUAUAUUUUACAAAGUAUUCCCCUCAAUAUUCCCAGUACCCACCUGGCACCAUACAUAAUUAUUACAAUGCUAUUGACGUUGUACUUUACAUCCCUGUGACUAUUCUGUAACUACCACUUUGUACUUUUUAAUUCCUUCAUCUUUUUCAUCCAGUUCCCCAACCCUUCUUCCUUCUGGCAACCAUCAGUCUGUUCUCUGUAUCUAUGAGUCUGUUUUAAAUUUGUUUAUUUUGUUCUUUAGAUUCCAUAUAUGUGGCCUUCUUCCACAUAUAAGUGAAAUCAUAUGGUAUUUGCCUUUCUCUGACUACUUAUUUCACUUAGCAUAAUACCCUAUAAGUCCAUCCAUAUUGUGGCAAAUGGUAAGCUUUUAUUCUUUUUAAUGGCCGAGUAAUAUUUAAUUGUACAUAUGUACCACAAUCUUUUAUCCACUCAUCUAUUGAUGGGCACUUGUCAUCCUUUCUUCUUGCUUCCUGUUACAAAUGAAGAGUUUUUCUUCUUAUUAACCAAGAACAAUUCCACCACUGUAUUUUAUAGCCUAUCCUCCCCCAACUUUCUUGAACCUUAUCUGUAAUUUAUCCAAUUUCUCUCUUGUGUAUACAGUCUUUCCCUCUCUACUGAAUCCAUCUUAUGGUUAUUUAAAUAAAUUCAUAUCUCUCUCAAUAAUAAAAGAAUACCUGACAUACAUCCUCUAUCUGUUGCCUUCUUUCUCUCUUUCUCUACAUAAUGUAAUUCCUCAAAAUAGUUCCACUUUCUCACCUCCCAUUUACCCAAUCUGGCUCUUGCUCUCAUUGUUCUACGGAAACAACUCUUGCCAUGGCCAUCAGUGAUAUCCAUGGUUAAUACAGUGGUCAUCUUUCAGUCCUCAUCUUGCCUCUUCAGCAUUUGAUUCUGUUGAAUUGUUAAAUGAUCAUUCCCUCUUUAAAAAAAAAAAAAUCUCCCCUUGGUUUCUAUGUUUCAACAUGCUUCUUGUGUAAUUUCUAUAUCUUUGUCACUCUUUCUCAGUCUCCUGUGCAGGCCAUCCAUCUCCACCUAGCCAUUAAUGUUAGAAUUCAAGAUACAGCGUUCUCUUUAAGUUUGUUUAUUUUAAAGUGCUAUAAACACUAUACUCUGUCCUGCCUUGUUAAAAUGUUUAAAUCAUCAGUAUAUUACGAACAUCUUCUGCAAAAUUAUUUUAGUGAGUGUAUAUUAUGGAUGUACCAUAACUUAUUUACUCAAUCGCCUAUUGUUGAUCAUGUGGGUCAUUUCUAAUAUUUUUACUUUUAUGAAUAGUACAAUGUUCAGUAUCUUUAUACAAUCCUUUUCCCACGUGACUACAUGAAUGAUGCUAAUAUUAAUUACUACUAUUCAGUCAAUAAUAAAUUGCUAUGAGGAAAUUGGAGGUCAGUAACAUAGAGGACAACUACCUAGGUUGCGCACACAGCAGUGCUGUGCAGGACUGAAUCUUAGGCAGAAGAAACUGGCAUGUUCUAAAGAGAUGUAUCUGCUAUAUCCCUGUUCAGAGCACUCAACCUGGGAGGUACCACCACAGAUGAUAAGGAUUCUGGCCAAGGCACUGUUCACUCUGGAAGCCAUGAGCCAUUUGCCUUAUUCCCACCCUAUACUUUGGCAGAGGAGUCAGUCCUGAUGGUGCCAGAUGGAUCUCAAAUGACUCCAGAGGACUGUGAGGACAUGAACUGGCUAAAACAGCUUCCAAGGCCUGAGGGCAGUCCUGGAACUGCUCUGUUAGGGCUAGACUUGGAUGACCACAGGACAAAACAGGUCAGCAGAAGUCUCUGCCAGAAAAGUGUCAAGAGUAGGCUGGUUGAGCAGACAGGAUGGGGCAUAGUCAUGGGAGUGAGAAAAUUGUGUGGAUGGGGGAGAGGGAGAGGUGGCACAAACAACUCAAGGGUUCCUCUUCAUCUCCCCAAAUGUUAAUAUUGGAGUGCCCCAGGGCUCAGUCUCUGGACUUCCCUUUUCUGUCUACACUCAUUUCUUCAGUUAUCUCAUUCAGACUCAUGGCUUCGAACACAAUCUAUACAGGGACAGUUCCCAAUUUUAUAUUUCUAGCCUGAUCUCCAGCUUGAUCACCUGACUCAUAUAUUUAACUGAAAAGUUGAUAUAUCCUCACUUGGAUGUCUAACAGACAUCUCAAAUUUAACAUUUUAAAAACUAAACCCCUAAUUUUAUCUCGCUCCCACUCCCCAAUUGUGAUCUAACUGCACAUAAUGGCAAGAACUCCCUUCUAGUUUCAGGCCAAA